AUGCAAAAUCUGGCAGAUCUACUAUGGGGAGAUACGUCGUCUCUAGCCACCACAGUCCCACCACCACAGCCAGCAAUACCAUCAUUAGCCAACAGCCGAAAAAGAGAGGCCAUCAUGAUGAAGAAGGGGUUGCGGAGAAUAAAAACACCUGUGGGGGAGUGGGUGCGCAGAAAUCAUCGUCUCCGGGAGGCAAAAAGGGCGAAGAAGGCGGCUGCUGAAAGUGACUCCGCAGCGAUCAACAGAAUGCGCGGCGAGUUGGAGGCAAGGAAUAAGAAGAUCCGGCAGGAGAUAGAGGAGAACGAGGCGGUUGAUGAUAUGAUGGAUAUUAGGGUAUAG